CCCCCCGCGGCUUUCCUCCUCCCUUGGUGUCUCCCGCUCCCCCUUCCCCCGAUCCACUCCACCAUGUCUGACUCCGUUGAGCUUGGCUCUCGCAUCCUCAACCAGAUCGAGUUCUACUUCAGCGACAACAAUGUUGUUCGCGAUCGCUUCAUGCGCACCAAGAUCGAGGAGUCUGAGAACGGCUGGGUUCCCCUUGCGCUGCUUGCCUCCUUCAAGCGCAUUUCCUCCAUGUCCACCGACCUGGAGCUGAUUGCCGAUGCCGUCUCCAAGACCACCUCCGGCCUGAUUGAGCUCUCCGAGGACCGCCAGAACGUCCGCCGCGUCAACGCCCUCCCCGAUGCCGACUCCCUCAAGGACUCCAUUUCCGCGGCCACCGUCUAUGCCAAGGGCUUCUCCACCGAGGCCUCCCUCGAUGAGAUCCUCGAGUUCGCUGCGGCUUCCAUCAGCGACAUGACCGUCGCCGAGGGCGAGACUCGCCCCACCGUGGCCGUUGUCCGCAUGCGUCGCAACCCCUCCACCAAGCAGUUCAAGGGGUCCGUCUACAUCGAGUUCACCUCCCCGGCUGCCGCCGACCACUUCCUGGCCAAGACCCACACCUUCAAGGAUGCCGAGCUGUCUACCAUGACCCAGGCCGCGCACGUGGCCGAGAAGGCCAGCGAGCGCGCCACCAAGGGCUCCAAGCAGGCCGCCGCCGCCGCCGCCGAGGCCGUUGUCGUCCAGGAGGACUGCAUCGUCCGCGUGACCGGCCUGCCGGAGUCUGCCACCCGCGAGUCUCUGCGCGAGCUCUUCGAGCCCCAUGCUCCGGUGGCCUUCGUGGACUACACCCGUGGUGGCAGCGAGGCGCACAUUCGUUUCUCCGAGUCCGGUGUGGCUGCUAAGGCCGUGGAGGCCCUGCUGGCCACCAACCCCAAGAUCGAUGACGCCACCCCGACCCUGGCUGUCCUGGUCGGCGAGGACAAUGUCAACUACUGGACCGUCAUCCACCAGCGCCAGCGCGACAAGCGCCACAGCGGCCAUGGUGGCUUCAAGCGCGGUCGCGGUGGUGAUGGUGGUCGCUUCGCCAAGAAGGCCAAGAAGGCCACCUCCGAGGACGGCGCCUCCGACGAGUAAGUGGAGCCAGGACCGUGGGGAGGGGCCUUGCCACUCGGGCCAUGGUUGCGGGCCUUCGCCUCCGUGCACGUAUCGCCGCCCGCCCACCGAUGUAUGCCCUUGGGGGUGUUCUUGCCCGCCGUUUCCUCCUCCUCCCCGCUCCUCCGCCGGCGAAUUGCUCGCCCUUCUUAGGUUCCUUGUCUUUUCUUGCCACAGUUGAAGUCCCCCGCGGCGCGACCACCAUCCGCACCUCCUCCUCUCCCUCAAGCAGAAGGAACGAAAAGGAGAGGGUCGAUACUUCCCCUCCCCCCCUCCCCCCCCC